AUGAAUUGCACCCGGAUAGGUGCGCCACACCUAAUCUUCGACAGCGCAUCGAUUCAACAGAACGCCACGGCACGGGAAAAGAAAGGGAAAGGAAAGGAAGCGAAGCGAAGCGAAGGGAAGAGACGAGACGAGAAGAGAAGACACGAGAAGUGUGCCGAAGGGGCGACGCUGCGAGAGCGCAAGCGUUGUGGCCUGUGGACUUGCCGAAGGGCAGGCGUCGCGAGGACAGACGAGGAAAGGCGAGGCGACGAGGAGAACGUUGAGGAGCACGAAGAGGAGCACUACGACGACGAGGACGAGGACGAGCGAGGGAAGCGAAGGAAGCGAGGCAAGGCGGAGAUCGAGGGUUUAGACGAAGAGAAGGGUCGUCAUCCGAGGGGACGACGCGCGGUGACGGCCGUUGGGAUUCAAAUUUCGAACGGGCGAAUCGCACCAACCAGCGGCGCGGCGCGGCUCCGGAUUAUUCUUAUUAUCCGUAAGAGCCUGGGUUUGUGCUUCCGCCCGUUCCUAGUCUCCCCCCGCGCUCGCCUUCUUGCUUCGCUCGGGGCUCGGGGCUCGGGGGCUCGGGAUCAUGUCAAACGAAAGGAUCGAAGGAUUCCAUUCCUUGGCAUGGGAUUUCCAUUGCGCGGCAGCAUUCCAGUGGCAGGAGUCAAACCCCCCGCGGGCGGCGUGUCCUUUUCGAUCUGA